GGCGCGCGCGCGCGCGUGCGUUUCCUCUCCGCCGCAAGAAUUCAUUGAGAGAGAGACACAUGGAAAGAGAGACAGACAGAAAGAGAGAGAGCGGGAGAAGAAAGGAAAAGCAGCAGCUGCACGCCACUCCUUUGUUUUAGGAAAUCGCUUGAAUCAUUCGAAGGACUGGAAAGAUGUAUCGCGUUUCUCUCGCGUUUCCUCACGGCGGCCGUUUUUAGAUGCGAAAUUGAAUAAUUUGCUUUUAUUUAGCGGGAUCGCCAGAAGAGCGUUUGAGACCCGAAACCUUUAGACGCAGUCAGCUUUUCCUGUGCGUUCAUCCUGAAUGCGCGUUGAUUCGGUCGUUCCACCUUUUUCGGUGUAACGUUAGGAGAUAAUUAUCCUGCGGAGGCUUUUUGAAGCUCGGACAUUUUUCUGGUCGUGGUUCGAGUCUGUGAUUCACGUCCGGGCCUGAAAUAUUUGCUCUUGAUCAAAGGCCUUUAAUGCGGCACACGCGCGUCAGUCUUUAACGGGGUUUAACGCGUCAGAUGAACAUCAGGUCUGAUCCAUAAAUCAUCGCCGAUCCUCAAACGGAAGAUCUGAUCUUCAUUAUUCGCUCUUCAUACGCAACGUCUGCGGCCCACUUCAAUGUUAAUGUCGACCGACGUCGCAUCUCUAAUGCUGCCCGUGACCCGCGGGAUCACGGAGCGCGAGACUCUGGAUUCCGGUUCGGCCGGGGUUCGGGGGAUGAAACGCGGGGACCCGGACCCGGAGGGCGCCGCAGCAGCAGCGGGGGACUCGAUUGGGGCUGAAUGCAAACGAGCACGAAUGGACGGCACCGGAGAGAUCGGGCAGGGUUCACAGGACAUGUUGGGGUCUCAGGAAGGUCUUGUUCCUCCGUUCUCCAGCUUCCCUCCCCCACCGCCCCCUCCCCCUCAAAACGGCCUUGCGCUGGAGUUUGGGGGAGGCACUAUUUACCCCGCAGGGGGGCAGGGGCAAACGGAGCCGCCAGCAGGAAUCAGCACCCCCUCCUCUAACCCCAGCACUCAACUGUCAGACGGGUCUCCUCAGGCAGAGGUUCAGUGUGUGUCCACUGUCGGUUCGGGCAGUGAUGACUCAGAGAAAGGAACCCCCAAACGACUUCAUGUUUCCAACAUCCCCUUCCGCUUCAGAGACCCGGACCUGCGGCAGAUGUUUGGGCAAUUUGGAAAGAUUCUGGAUGUGGAGAUCAUAUUCAAUGACCGAGGCUCAAAGGGUUUUGGUUUUGUGACGUUUGAGACCAGCGCUGACGCAGAGAAGGCACGAGAGCGACUGCACGGGACCAUCGUAGAGGGACGAAAGAUCGAGGUCAAUAACGCCACCGCUCGAGUGAUGACAAAUAAGAAGUUGGUUAGUCCGUAUGCGAAUGGAGAAGGCCUCACCACGCUGCCCUACGCUGGGUGGAAAUUGAGUCCAAUGGUGGGAGCCAUGUACGGACCGGAGCUCUACGCAGUUCCAGGGUUUCCGUACCCCACCGCUGCCGCUGCAGCUGCUGCAACUACAGCUGCGACCUUCAGAGGGGCGCAUCAUCUGCGGGGUCGCGGGCGGCCCGUGUACGGAGCUGUGCGCGCCGCUGUUCCUCAGGCUGCCAUACCGACCUAUCCCGGAAUAGUGUUUCAGGACACACUCGUUAGUGGCAGAAUGCCUCAGAGUGGCUAUGCUGCUUAUCGUUACACUCAGCCGGCGGCAGUAGCGGGACCGACAGCGGCAGCGGCGGCGGCGGCAGCGGCCUACAGUGACAGCUACGGCCGUGUGUAUGCAGCGGAUCCUUACGCGGCUGCACUGGCCUCUCCGGCAGCGGCGGCGGCAGCGUACGGAGUGGGAGCGAUGGCGACACUCUACAGAGGAGGAUACAGCCGGUUUUCGCCAUAUUAAACACCUUAAAGAACACUUCCAGAUUUUCAGUCUCUCUGAUACUUCAACAGCCGGUGACCUCGGAGGGAAAAUUCAAAUCACACUUUUGGACAAACAUAAUGCGAAACAACACGUCUGUUACGAUUGAAACUUUCAACAAGGAAUGCAACUAUAAAUCAACACAUCGAAGAAAGUGGAUUUAAAAAAAAAAAAAAAAAAAAAAAGGAAA